UGUGCUGCGCCGGUGUACCGGGGCUUCUGUUGGUCUACACACCGGAGCAACAUGGCGGAGAGCUCGCGCAUCUCCGAGUUUACCGACAGUUCUCAAGCACAGGGAACAGUUUACUGUCCGGAUUCUUAAAGAAAUAACACAGCGGCACUCGGGUCAACAUGAGCGUCUGUACUACAGAGGUGAGAGUCAGUCCCUCGCUGCCCCCAGACCGGGUGCUCCGCUCCAGUACCGUCAUAUUCCCCGGUGUGUUUGAUCAGCUUGGAUAUGCACUGGUUGUUUUUCCAGCUGAGUUUCAGAGUAAACUGCUGUGUGACGUCACCAAAGAGGAAGUUGUAGAGUUUGUGUUUUACUGUCUCCACCUGCACAGUAAGAGCAGGUCAGAGAGUUUGGUGUCAGUGGUCGCUGAUCUGAGAGAAGCUUCACUCACUGUGACGAGACGCAUUGCUGAAAUCCUCCUCCUGCUGCAGCUCCACCGGCGCACUGUGCACUCCUUCUAUGUCGUUCAGCCCAAAAAGCGAGAUGUUCAGAAGCUGCUGCAGAAACUCUUGAGUUCGUCCAAAUGCUCGCCGGCGGUUAAGUGUGUGUUUCUCAGAGAAGUGUUUGAGCUCAGUAACUACGUGGAUCGCAGUCAGCUACCAGCUAAUCUAGGAGGAUAUUUCAUCUACAGUCACGAGAGCUGGGUCUCCUUCAUCAAAGAGAUGGACAGUUUUGUACAGGAGUUUGUGGCUGUGGUCAGGAAGUUGCCAGUGUGUAUCAGCGCUUUGCAGGACUUCUCCAAGCUCUCUGUUCCUACUGAGUACGAGUUGCUGGCUGUUUUCUGUUCGACCAAUCAGCUGCGACUCGAGCGGCUUCGCAGAGAUCUGGGUUUGGAUGCCUUGUAUAAGAGGUGUAAGUGUGUGCUGGAGAAGUUUCGUGCUCCUGAGCAGGAUCCGUGUUUCCAGGCCAUGGUGGGGACUGUGCUGUUCACACACACUGCUUUGGAGAUGCUGCAGAACUAUGACAGGAUCCAGGCAGCUGUGGAGAAAGUGGAGUUGCUGUGGAGACGUGUUUUCUCUAAUGCUCUUCUCCGACUGCAUGUCCUCCAGCUUCAGAGAGACUCCCAACAGGUUGUGUGUGAUAUGGAGUGUGUUAUACAGAAGAUGCGGUCAUACACACCUGAGGCACUGCGAGAUUCCAACACAGCCGAAACUCUGCAGCUGGAGUUUAACACAUCUGUGUGCACACGUGCUGGGGUGCUGGUGCGUCAGGCUGAGCACUUGUUAAACUCUGUAUCAGAGACUGAGGUUUUCAGAGAGAACGGAGGACACGAGUGGAUAAAUGAUCUGGAGAGACGUACAAAGGAACUCAGAGCAGUCACUGAGCUUCAGAACAGGAACCUGAACACCAUCUGCACCUUCCAUCACUGCUACCAUAAAAUCCAGCGGUGGUACCAUGUGGCAGUGUGUGAGAGCUUCCUUCAGGAUCUUCUGUGGAGAACUUGCUCGAUCAAAUAUGACCAAGAGGAAACUCUUCUCUCGCACAAGCAGACUGAAGUCUUCUCUGUGAUUGAAGCUUUUCUCAGGUCAAAUCCUCCUCCUGAGGUGGAGGAGCUACAGCAGAUGCUCCACCUGGCUAACGUUGUCCCUGAUGGACACCUGGAGAAAGCAGGAAAGCAGCUGACACACAGAUGUUCACGUUUACGCAAGUUGUUGUUCUCUCCCGGUUCCUCGACACUUCCUGACCUCCAGAUGGCUCUGCAGUGGCAGUACGAGUAUCUAAAGAGCAGAACUGUGGAGUUAACAUCUGACCCUCGUACUCCGAGUGAUCGGAGUGUCUUCAGAGAUUCCGAUUUAUUUCCACCUUCUGACACCGUCGUGUCUCGUCACAACAUUUACGGUUCUCCUCUGAGACUUCAGUCUGGAACAAAGCCACCGUCACUUAGCUCCUUUGAUUCUGGGUUUGAUGGAGCAGGAGGUGGUCACCUGGAAGCAGGAGGUGGGAAGUCGUGCCAGGAUGAAUCAUCCAGACUUAAAUCUCUCCUGCAUGUCAGUGAGGAGCAGGAGCAGGUCUCCAGCUCACCUGAAGCUCUCAGUGAGCAGAAAUCUCCUCGAGCUCCCAGUAUCCACAUCACGCCGAAUGUAAACGGAGACUCUGUAAACUUUGAGGUCACCAUGAAACGUUCAGCCACGCUUCCCAAAAACCCCUGGCUGAGUCUUCCUGUAGAUGAUCUGGAGAGCUGCUACACUGUGAUUAUCUCUCCCACGCAGCAGAAGAAGACCAGGAGCUGCGAUCGCUUAACACAGACCACCGAAACGAGUGUGUGUGAUCUUCAGGAUCAGAGUACCGAGUGGAGCCCCGUAGGUAACGUCCUCUCCAGCACCAUCACAGAUGGAGGACCUGGAACUGAAAGCUCAGAGGUGGUGCCCAGUCUCCUGUGGGACUCGUAUGAUCUGCGUGACUCUGAGAGCCUAUCACUCGGUGAGAGAGCUUCUGAAUGGGAAAUAAAAGAACAGCAGGAGCUCAGAACCGUGGAAGAAAUGCUGAGCCGAACUGCUGGAAUCCUGCAAGAAGAGGAGAGCGUUCUAGCUCAGGAGGAGAUCUUGGAUGUUCUACUGGAAGCAGACAGUCCAUACAAAAUGUGGCCUUCAUGGAGCAAAGCUUGUGAGUUUACUCAGAUGAACUCCUCUGACUUGGCUGAAGCAGGUGUGAUGGGAUUGGAGGACGAUGUUUUGUCUCAGGAUCAUACAAGUCUUCCUCAGAGUGGUGAACCUUCAUCAGUACCAGGCUCUGACUCGCUCGGUCACCUUCCAGCGGUAAAGGGAGGUCCGGAAAGAUCAGAGCUUUUGAAAGAUGUAGAAAAUCUGAAGACCUUGGAGGAAAAGCUUGUUGAAGAGAACCUGAAAAUCAACGAGAUGCAUCACUGUGAAUCUAAGGAAAGGACGUCAACUCUGAGCCUCGGUGAGGACAGGACGCGGUUCCUCGAGAAACUGGAACAAGAGAAGAAGGAAGUGGAGGAGAUGGAGAGGAACCUGAGCAUGGAGAUGAAGAAAAGCAAGCUAAAGUAUCUGAGCAAGGGACACAAACUUGUCAGGUGUUCCAUCAUGGGAACAGGUUCAGUGUUGAAAUCAGAGGAUGAAGCUCUCCUGAGGAACUGCAAACGUUUAACACAAGAUGCACAAGCCAUCAGUCAGAAGCCAUCAGACAUGGCUGCAGAUGUUCAGCACAGAUGUUCCCAUCCAGAAGCAUCACUUAACUGUAAAUGUUUGAAUGUUGCUGCAGAUUCUUCAGCCAAUGAUUCCAUAAACAUGAGCUUAAAUUUUGUGGCUCAGCAAAACGCCGACUCUCCUGCACCAUCAUCCAGAACGUCUGCUGUGCCUUCUGUCCUGGCAGCUGGUGGAUGUGAGACACACGAAUGUCCUGAUAUUGGACAAGCAAAAAAACUCUUAGAUCCUCAUGAUAUGAAAGAAGAAAGAUGUUUAAUCUUGGACUCGGCUGAAAAGUGUGGUGAAGAUCUCAAGGUGGAAACUCUAACAUCAGAGGACGUAUUGACCACUGCUUUUGAUCCUGGUGGUCCAACACCUCGUCCUCAAACUGUUCGACUGAAGUUACAGAGAAGUGCAGAUUCUGAAGACGACGCGUGCGACGCUACACACCAGACUGCUUCACAAUCAUCUGUUACUCCAUUAACCAAAGCGUGUAAGAUUCCAUGUAGAACCUCAACAGGCCCCAAAAACCUGAAUGCCAACAAUAACAAUCUUCACACUCAGGAUCUUGGGCUUGGGGGAGAGAACGUGCCUGAAGAACCUGAAGGGUCCGAAUGUAGCAACAGACCUGAAGAGUCAUGGUGUGAAGGUCUGGUCUCCACAAAUGAAUCCCCUGCAGGUGAAACAUCUGAGCUCUGUGAAACAGUGGAGAAAACCAAUCAUCAUGGUGACCGGGCUUUAACAAGACGUGUCUGCAGAUCACCAGAUCUUCAUCAACUUCAGAUCUGCACUAGAGAGAUGAGUGAGUUUCAGACCCCUGUGGUGUUGGACACCGGCUCCAGUUUGGUGAAAGCUGGCUUUGCCGACCAGGACCUGCCCACCACCGUCUUCCCCACCGCUGUGGGUCUGCCCAAGUACACGGAGGUGAUGAGUGUCAGUGUGGAGCGCGGUGUGUAUGUGGGACACGACGCUCAGCACAUGAGGGGGGUGUUAACACUUCAUUACCCAAUGAGGAACGGCGUGGUGUCCGACUGGGACCAGAUGGAGAUGAUUUGGAGUCAUGCCUUUGAGCAGUUGCGUGUGUGUAGUGAGGAUCACCCUGUGUUGCUGACGGAGGGAGUGUUGAGUGUCCGUGAGAACCGCCAGCGUUCUGUAGAGCUCAUGUUUGAGAACUUUAAUGUUCCUCUUGCGUACAUGGCACUGCAGCCUGUUCUGGCACUGUACGCCACCGGACGGACCACCGGUGUGGUGUUUGACUCUGGAGACGGUGUGAGUCACAGCGUCCCUGUGUUUGAUGGUUACUGUCUAUCUCACGCUAUUCAGCGUUUUAAUCUAGCAGGAAAUGACAUCACACUGCAGCUCAAACAGCUGUUGACAGAACAGGGUGUGUGCAUGCGGACGUCUGCUGAGAUGGAGCUUGUGCGUGAAAUGAAGGAAAAAUGCUGCUUUGUGGCUCUCAACUAUGAGGCGGAGCUUAGUGGAAGAGGCGGGGCCAAUGCACAGGUGCAUUACACUCUACCGGACGGACACGUCGUCUCCGUGACGACUGAAAGGUUCAGAGCUCCAGAGAUCCUGUUCAGGCCGGAGCUGAUUGGUCAGGAUUAUUAUGGGAUGCACGAGAGCAUUUUCAGGUCAGUUCUUCAGUCAGACGUCGACCUGCGCAGGGAUCUGGUGGGAAACAUCGUCCUCUCAGGUGGGAACACGCUGCUUGCUGGACUUCCUGAACGUCUGCAGCGUGAGAUCAGUGCUUUGGCCCCAGCAGGUUUGGGCGAGAGGGUAAAGGUCACGAGUCCUCCGGGUCGAGAUUUCUCCGUGUGGAGAGGAGGAGCUGUGCUCGCCAACAUGCCGUCCUUCUGCUCAGCCUGGAUCAGUCAGGACGAGUACGAGGAAUUCGGACCCCAGAUUGUCUUCAGGAAGUGUUUCUGAGCUGGUCUACAGAACCUGCAGCAGAGCUUUUAGAAAAGCGUUCAGGAACCAAACAGGAAGUGGUUCAGACGCCAGUUGUUUUAAAUCUAGAGAAUUUUGCUUCAGAUUGUCUUCAGAAAGCCGUCAGACUCCCUCAUGUGAGAACUCUGUGAAGAUCUGAGCUCUUUUACAGAGGAGACUUUUCUGUUCAGAGGUGUGGAGGGAGUCGGAGGUCCACGUCGUGCCUCUGGGGCAUCUUCACCCCUGGGCAUCGUUUACAGCAGGAACCUCUGAUGCUCUUCAUAAGUCUGAGCAGCAGAAGGUUCUGUUUGUGUGUGAAAUUCUCCUGAAGUGAUUUUAUUAUAUAUAUAUUUUCUCUGUAUGUUUGUUUUCCUUGCUGAACUUUAAUGUGUGUUGUGUUGAGACUCGCACCUUCAGGAUCUCUGCAGAUUCCAUAAACAUGGAUUUUUACUAAUAAUGAAAUCGGCUUGUUGGAAAAAUUAAGUAUAUUUCUUUGAAUGUAAAGUAACUUUGUAAAUGUUUACGUGUUUUAAAUGGGGAUUUGUGUGGAAGACGAGCUGGGGACGAGGACGAGGACGAGACGAGACGAGCUGCAGAACUGGAUCAUGGUGAUCAUGUCCAACACUUUACUUAACGUGGGAUUGUGUGCUGGUGUCUUAUGGAUUUACUCCUCUCUCUGUGUGUGUGUGUGUGUGUGUGUGUGUGUGUGUGUGUGUGUGACGUGUUGCUGUAAAGAUCAAUACAAACUGGAUUUGUUGUGUUUUUGUACUUGAUGGUAAAGCUGUGUGCUGGUCACAUGAUUCUCUGUAUGUUUAUAUACUCGUUAUGUCCCCCGUUUUCAUGGACGAUGUCUCAGACGGUUAUUAGCGCAGCCCCGCUGUCCUGGUCCAGGCUCCUCUGGGCUGCUGUGUUGUGUAUUUGUGUGCUUUUUUCCACGUUGUGUGUAAUUGUUCACUGGGAUUAAAGUGUGCUGGUGUUUAGUAAUAUAAAUAUUGCAGGUCAGAGGUCAGGGGUCAAGGGUUAAUGUAAGCGUGUAAUGUGUAGUCAGCUCAUGUUCGUCCCAAAUCCCACAUCACUGUGUUGUAACUGAUUUUAAAUAAUAAAUAUUUCUCAAUA